CCUCUACGUACUACACCUCUUAUACAAUUUUUGACCAUCACUAUCAGUUGUGAAUUUCGUAUAAACUCCCCCUACUGUACCUUACUGCUCCAUAGUAUAUAUCUGGGUCAUUACUGUGAAGACAGAUUACGUAGCAUUCCCUUACCAAGAUGUACUGUGCGGUGGCAGCCAUAGCUUUGUGCCUGAUUGGGCAGGUCUAUACCAUGACAACAAUACCUCCUAACCAUUCACACAGUCCUCAUGUCCACGAAUCUAACGAGUUUGACCAGGCCUUGUUUUACUAUGACGCUCUAUCGCAUGAAAUGGUCAUGAAACGCGGGCAGCAGUGCUAUAUAGAGAGAGUGAGAGGUUCCUACCGACCACAGGUACAUACACCAGAAGGACUACUGAAGAUGGAGGAUAACCUCAUGUUUCUCGUUGCCAAGGGAAACCACACACAGAUGUCUCAUGCUGAUGUCAAGGCGUUAAGUGUGCACGUGGAAACCAUGUGUGCGGGUCUUGAUGUAUUUGUUGUGUCGCCUAAUCAUUAUCAUCAUCAUACUACAACUAUGAGCCCAAUUGUUUGAAUAAAAUUAUGUGUAAUUUAAAA